CAGGAGGAGGCUGCAGAUUCGUGAUAACGAUCCCCCUCUUUCAUCAUACAUACAAUGGUUGCAUCCAAGUCUGGAAUCGCUGUUGGUCUCAACAAGGGCCACAUCACCACUCGUCGUGAACUCAAGGUUAAGCCCUCUAACAAGAUUGGUGUUGCUUCUCAACGUAACGUCUUCGUUAAGAACAUCAUUCGUGAAGUUGCCGGUUUCGCUCCUUAUGAACGUCGUCUUAUGGAAUUGAUCAAGAACUCCAAGGAUAAGCGUGCCAGAAAGCUCUGUAAGGCCAAGCUCGGUUCUUUCCUUCGUGCCAAGAAGAAGAUUGAGGAACUCCAAUCCGCCAUCGCUUCUUCUCGUCGUGUUUAAAUUU